AUGGGGUUGGACAGCAUACUAGGUUACCUGCAGAAUAAGACCAUUUUGAUCACUGGUGCGACCGGAUUCCUUGGAAUGGUGUUUGUGGAGAAAAUUCUAAGGGUGCAACCAAAUGUGAAGAAGCUCUAUCUUCUUAUAAGAGCCUCUGAUAUCAAGUCAGCAACUAAACGCAUCCAUGAUGAGAUUAUAGGGAAGCAAUUGUUUAGGGUUCUGAGAGAGAAAAGGGGAGCAGAUUUCGAUUCUUUCAUUUUUGAAAAAGUUGUCGCUCUCCCUGGAGAUGUCACUUUCGAGAACCUUGGAGUGAGUGAGCCCAGAUUGAUGGAAGAACUGUGCAAUGAAAUACAGAUCAUUGUAAACUCUGCAGCCACAACCAACUUUGACGAAAGAUAUGAUAUUUCACUGGCAGUAAAUACUUUUGGAGUUCGGCAAGUGUUGAGCUUUGCGAAAAAAUGUUUCAAACUAGAGAUGCUUCUCCACGUAUCAACUGCUUAUGUUUGUGGUGAAAGGGCAGGGCUCAUACCAGAAGACUCUUCUUCAAUGAAUAAGAUGGUUAAAGAGAUGGCUAAUCUUGAUUUUGAAACAGUGGAGAAGAACCUUGUGAAGGAGAAACUGAAUGAAUUGAAAGCAUUAGAUACUUCAGAAGAAGUUGUUAGAAACACAAUGAAGGAUUUCGGCAUUAAAAGGGCUAGACUGUAUGGAUGGCCAAACACAUAUGUGUUCACAAAAGCUGUGGGUGAGAUAUUUCUGCAACGUUCGAAAGACAAUUUACCUCUUGUGAUCGUACGUCCACCUAUAGUUACAAGCACUUACGAAGAACCGUUUCCUGGUUGGAUCCAAGGUUUCAGAACUAUUGACAGCGUUAUUGCUGGUUAUUGCAAAGGGAAGCUGACAUGCUUGUUAGUUGAUCCUGCAACAGUACUCGACAUGAUUCCAGUUGACAUGUUGGUAAAUUCAAUAAUCGUAGCGAUGGUGGUAAAUGCAAAUCAGCCAACUGCUAAUAUUAUUUACCAAGUCGGAUCCUCAUUGAGAAACCCUUUGAAUUUCUCUCAAAUGCACGACUUCAUCUUCCAAUACUUCACGAAAAAUCCAUGGCUCAAUAAGGAUGGUGAGCCUGUAAUUGUUACCAAGGGCACAAUAUUGACGACUAUGGCUACUUUUCGCAUGUAUAUGAAUUUUCGUUACAUGCUACCUUUGAAGGGAUUAAAUUUCGUGAACAAAACAUUUGGCCAGUAUUUCCAAGACAUUUAUGUCAACCAUAGUCGGAAGCUAGACCUGGUGAUGCGCUUGGUAGAUCUAUACAAACCAUAUAUGCUAUUCUACGGAAUCUUCGAUGACGCCAAUACACAGAAGUUGUGGAAGACAGCAAAUGAGAGUUUCUUAGAGGUUGGAAGUUUUAAUUUUGAUGCAACAUGCAUAGAUUGGGAAGAAUACAUCAAGCACACUCACAUUCCCGGGCUCCUAAAACAUGUUUUGAUCAAAUGA